UUGGAUCAGGGGCACAAAACUUGACAAAAUUAUUUUGUUUUGAAUGUUCUUUGAUGUGUGGAUAGACCACAAACCUUCUGUCAUCCCGUCAAAUUGUCUAUUGUAUUAUUGUAUUGAGGUUGCAAAAUUGAUUUGCUUUACUUAUAGAAUAUUUAACAUAAGUAUAAGUAAUAAUUUUAAUCGAUAUUCAAGUUUUAAAGUGUUUUUUUUUACCGUGAAGACUUUAUCCAAUCAUCUCAAUUACGCAGUAAUAAACUACUUCCUAUCUAAUUAAUUUUUUCUUCUUGAAUACUCACGGUUUGUUCUUCGUUAGUAUCGCCAUUUCAAUGCAGAAUAUGAAUAUUUCAAUAGAAAGAAAAAGAUCUGAUUGUUCAGCCUUGCCAAAAGGAUGGCAAAGAGAAGAAGUUAUGAGAAAAACAGGACUUUCUGCCGGAAAAGUCGAUGUUUUUUAUUACAGCCCUACAGGUAAAAAGUUUCGCAGUAAACCAGAACUAGUUCGAUAUCUGGGUGAUAGUAUGGACCUGUCAUGUUUCGACUUUCAACAGGGCCAAAUAAACACAAUGCUCCUGUGCAAGACCAAGAAAGCUCGAGCGCAGUUUGACUACAGAGGAGUACGCUCAGACUCAUCUCUGGUGCCACCUAUUCGCCAGACAGCAUCCAUUUUUAAGCAGCCAGUAACAGUAUAUAAAACUCAGGAGAGUAAAGUGAAAACAGAUCUGAAACAAGGCACACAAGAGAAGCCUAAACAAUUAUUUUGGGAGAAACGCUUGGAGAAUUUGACUGCAUGUGAUGCAAAUGGUGUUAUAGGAACAACAACACUGCCAAAGUACAUAAAACCUUUGGGUCCGUUUACAACUGACGCAACUACCAUACAGUCUCUAGCUACAGCUCUUCAUGUUUCAUCACAGCCAAUUACAGGACAAACCGGAUCGAAGCAAACCAUAAUGGAAAACCCGGGUGUUUUUUUAAACCCUGAGCAGCCACUGAUUGCUUCUGUAACUAUAACUAAAGACGAUGUGAGACGUCAGGAGGAGCGCGUAAACCGCGCCCGACAGCGGCUGCGGGCGGCGCUUGUGGCCGCAUAGGAAUACGCCAGCGACGGGGAGCCCUCGUCAGAGACCCCCGCCGCUAUGAGCCUACCUGAAGAACCCGACUCCACGGAAGAUGUACAAAGUUUGCUACCCGAUUCCACAGUUAAUGAUCCAACAGAUUCAAGUAAUUGACUGCAAAUUUUUUUAUUUAUUACUAAGAUAACUGACAAUUGAAAUUUCUUUUGGACUAUGAAAUUUAAAUUUAGAUAACUAUUGGAAUAAAUGUUCUACUUAAUGACUUUUUUAUAAAUAAAACAUUUUGAGAUUCGUAA